AAGGCCGUUUCCCUGUGUGCUGUCGUUACUCGGUGUUGCCAGUACAGUGGACAUUGCCAGUGUCUAUAACUACAUCUAUAUAACUGUUAUAACCGCACUUCGAAGUAUCUCACCAGCGGCGAGGCAGCAGCUGGUUAUUGACACUAAACGACCUACCAUUCCUAACCCUUACAGACACGUUCCGUGGGAUAUUUCAGCGCUCUUUGGACUAUGACGGACCUGUGAAAGGACCAGUUUUGCAGUUAGGAACUCCGCAGUGCCAGAUGAGAAAGAAGGGGAACGUUGACUUAAAGCCCAGGUCUCAGCUUCCACCGGGUGGUCCGAGAGCUCUCAAACCAGACGUACCGCCGCCCCCUCCCCCCAGAUCACCACUGAAGACGUCGGGUAGUGCGGAUAGCACACCGCCCCCUCCCCCCAGAUCACCGCUGAAGCCACCCGGUAGUGCGGAUAGCACUGGCACAGGCACUGCAACAGAUAAACAUAUCCACCAUGUUAGAGGUGGUGAGAAGCCCGCGACAUUCCCGAGACUGGAAAAUCUAAACCGUACCAAAUCUAACCAGUACUCCAAGCUUAAGCUCCCGGCGUUUGACGAUGGAGUGACGUCACGCUCCAGCGGUGACAUUUCCGGGGGACGCUCACAGACAUCCCCUCAAGAGGAACCAGCAUCUCACGCUGUAGACGAGUCCAGAAGCCGCCACACCCUCCCUGCAGACGUGGGUAGGACGGGGGAGGAAACAGAGGAUCAAUUCCCCCCUCCCAUACCGGUCUCCAUAAGAAAGCAAAGGUAUCGUAUACGUUCAACCGAGGUGACCUCACUAGACGAGACCGCUUCCAACUUUCCAGACAAACCCCCACCGUUGCCGAAGAAAAAGAGAAAAAGUCUUCCGCACCUCUUUAGACAGAUUUCCCAUAGUUCAGAAGCGCCCUCUGCCGGAAAAUCUUCACUUGGCACCAGGAGGACGAGCCUCCCCACUCCAACGGGUGCAACAAAAACGUUCAGACAAACGAGUGUGCCAUCAAUGGACGAUCCGGAAGGACCCGACCAGGAAGUAGUUCGUCACUGGACCAGGAAAGACGUCAAAGCUUGGAUAAAGGCGUCAUGGCCAAAACAUCUCACGACAUACAGAAAGAAGUUCUACAGCAAGAAAAUUGAUGGAGAGGCGCUGCUGGCCCUGACGGAGGAGAGGCUCGCGGAAGAGCUGAAGGUACAGCAGCCUGAAGACAGAAGCGCCAUCAUGGAGCUGGUGAAGACUCUGAGAACUGCAGGAUCGAAAGAAAGCUUCGUAGAUGAACAGGACGAGGAGAUGUUCCAUGCCGGUCCGUUGUACCAGAACUCAGAAAUGCAGGAGGAACACCAGGACACGGCGGGAGCAGAGGCACAUGGCGCGGAGGCAGAGGCUCAAGGCGCUGGGAUCAUGAGGGGUCGGACGAGAUCUCUCUGGCGGAAUUUCUCAAUGGUCAAAAAGGAUGCUAGGGUUGAACAGCUUCAGGAUAAAGAGGUGGCCUUGCAAGAGGUAUGCUCAAAUACCAAGGGAGAUAGCCUCCCCGCACUACGAAACCUAGUAAAGGAGCUAAAACAGAGCUUCCAUCGUGACGUCUUGAUGACUGAGUUCCUGACCCUGGACACCUACAACCGUUACUUCAUGGACUAUCACACGUACUGCAGGACGGCGGUCUAUCAGCAAGCUCUGCUGCAGAAACUGCUGCAAGCAAGUGGCGAAUUCGCCGUGAGAAUCGACCAGCUGGAGAUCUACCCACGUUGUUGCGGGAACAGGCUCGACUCUUUCCUGAAGAUUCCUCAACAACACAUCACCAAGCUCAAAACGGUGUUUGAGGGUAUAUUGCGACAUGCCCCUAAGGGAUCCAGCGAAGAAAGAUCUGCUUACGAGAUUAUCAAGGCGAUGGAAAAGACAAUCAAGACAUGCGAGGAAGCUGUAGCCGCCAUGACAGAAUCACUCGAACUGCAGGAGAAACUCACCUUUCGUAAAACAAAGGAAGUUGAAGUGGCUUCUCCUGACCGCUGGCUGGAGAGGGUGGGAGAGUUCAGCGAGUUACGGGGAGGAAGGAUCUCCUCACCGGAAGCACCUGUGCUGAUGUUCCUCUUCAACGACAUGAUACUCAUCACAAGGAGAGAGGCAACGGACGGCCUAGCUGUGCAGGACUACGCCCCACGGCGGCUGCUGGAGGUACUGUCGGUAGGACAGGCGCUGUGCCGCGCGUUCGGCAUGGAGGAUCUGUACCAGAUCACACUGGCGGCCAACCACAGGGGAGUCAUGGAGGAACUGGUCCUGCAUCCGGAAACUAGUGAUGACGUCGACCUCUUGCUGUCUGUACCCGUCUCGGAUGAGCAAGUUUCAAAUGAUACCGAUGAAGACGUGGAGUAUGGCGUCAUUACAGAGAGCUUUUCGAUCACGGAUACAGCAGACAAACCUAUCGUGUUUGAAGAAGGUGACGUAGUGAAGAUUUAUGGACAUAUGGAAGAUCUAGAGACACGUGUGCAUGCCGUGAGGAUGACUGACGGACAGGUAGGGGUACUGCCCGGUCACGUCAUCGGCAUGGUGAGCGGCGAGUCUGGCGGGUACGGCAGUCGCGAGAGGUGCACGUCUGCAACCGUCGUACCCAAGAAUUUGUCCACCACGCAGAGGGACCCGGUCAUCACCACUCGCGUGCCUAGAGGCUCCGACGGCAAUCAGUCGCCUAACACGUCCAUCAGUGAAUACAGCCAUUUUGACGCUCUUUGGAGCCUAGCGCAAGAACGGCUCGACGCUUCGGUAAACGACUCAAGUGACAAAUUCAACGUGGUGAGCAGCAACUUCGCAGCAGGGGUCCUAGUAAAGGAGCUAAAACAGAGCUUCCAUCGUGACGUCUUGAUGACUGAGUUCCUGACCCUGGGCACCUACAACCGUUACUUCAUGGACUAUCACACGUACUGCAGGACUGCGGUCUAUCAGCAAGCUCUGCUGCAGAAACUGCUGCAAGCAAGUGGCGAAUUCGCCGUGAGAAUCGACCAGCUGGAGAUCUACCCACGUUGUUGCGGGAACAGGCUUGACUCUUUCCUGAAGAUUCCUCAACAACACAUCACCAAGCUCAAAACGGUGUUUGAGGGUAUAUUGCGACAUGCCCCUAAGGGAUCCAGCGAAGAAAGAUCUGCUUACGAGAUUAUCAAGGCGAUGGAAAAGACAAUCAAGACAUGCGAGGAAGCUGUAGCCGCCAUGACAGAAUCACUCGAACUGCAGGAGAAACUCACCUUUCGUAAAACAAAGGAAGUUGAAGUAGCUUCUCCUGACCGCUGGCUGGAGAGGGUUGGGGAGUUCAGCGAGUUACGGGGAGGAAGGAUCUCCUCACCGGAAGCACCUGUGCUGAUGUUCCUCUUCAACGACAUGAUACUCAUCACAAGGAGAGAGGCAACGGACGGCCUAGCUGUGCAGGACUACGCCCCACGGCGGCUGGUGGAGGUACUGUCGGUAGGACAGGCGCUGUGCCGCGCGUUCGGCAUGGAGGAUCUGUACCAGAUCACACUGGCGGCCAACCACAGGGGAGUCAUGGAGGAACUGGUCCUGCAUCCGGAAACUAGUGAUGACGUCGACCUCUUGCUGUCUGUACCCGUCUCGGAUGAGCAAGUUUCAAAUGAUACCGAUGAAGACGUGGAGUAUGGCGUCAUUACAGAGAGCUUUUCGAUCACGGAUACAGCAGACAAACCUAUCGUGUUUGAAGAAGGUGACGUAGUGAAGAUUUAUGGAGGUUUGGAAGAUCUAGAGACACGUGUGCAUGCCGUGAGGAUGACUGACGGACAGGUAGGGGUACUGCCAGGUCACGUCAUCGGCGUGGUGAGCGGCGAGUCUGGCGGGUACGGCAGCCGCGAGAGGUGCACGUCUGCAACCGUCGUACCCAAGAAUAUGUCCACCACGCAGAGGGACCCGGUCAUCACCACUCGCGUGCCUAGUAUGGUCCUCGUGCCACGCGUACCGAGCCUUGUAAGGACCAAAACAAAGGGCUCUUCCCUCGGAGGCUCCGACGGCAACCAGUCGCCUAACACGUCCAUCAGUGAAUACAGCCAUUUUGACGCUCUUUGGAACCUAGCGCAAGAACGGCUCGACGCUUCGGUAAACGACUCAAGUGACAAAUUCAACGUGGUGAGCAGCAACUUCGCAGCAGGGGUGUUCGACGAACUUGGCGGUCAUCUGAGUAUCCUUGAAAAGGGCAUCAGCUUGUUCAUUCCGCCGGGCGCCAUUGCGGGAGGGCCGACGAAAAUCUACAUCUAUCUGGAGUCUAUCGACGUCCACCAGGACGAGACCCUCCCAGAGGGCCAGGCGAUGAUGAGCUCGACGCUGUAUUGCGGUCCGCCGGGCACGCAGUUCGACGAAGACGUCGUCUUCACGCUGCCCUACCAAGGAACCGGAUGUGACGCCAUGUGGAACGUGUUUCCGGUGCAGACCCAGACGGCUGUUGGAGAAACUCCCGACUGGAGAUCGCUGACGGAUGACGACCAGGCGAUGCACUUUCUGAGUAACGGCUUCUGCACGUACUUUGUCAGCCAUUUCACUGGAUUCGGCGUCGUCGGCGACUGCAGUCGAUCUGAUGGAGCACGAGUCAAGAUCUUUCGAUUCGGGGCCUUCGCCUCGCCCAGAGAGAUGCGUGGAAGGAACAGGCGCGUCCGCGUAAGAUGUUGGGAAGGAAAGAAAUCAGAGCUUGAGCGAGUUCUCCAACUGGAGGAGUGUGAGCACAGCGGGAAGCUCAUCGACGCUCACCGCCCGCUGCCCCUGCGGGAGGGCCGGGGGGACGUCUGGAUGGCGGCUACGGACACGGCAGCAGGCUGGCAGCUGCGGGGCUGCGGAGAACAGUCGAUCCCGGAGAUUUUGCUGUGGAUGGAGGAAGAGGAACCAGUGGACUCCUCCUGUACAUUUGAAUUCAAUGCGACCAACGACAAACCAGGUCGGUUCGGCUGCACCGUGAAGAUAUACCAGGAAGAGACGCCCAAAACUCUGGUGCGACUGAAUGCCUCUGAUUCUGAGGAAACCCAACAGGAAAGCUCGUCCGGACCUCCAAACGAGCCACCCAACCUGAGGUUCCUCCGUCUUCAGCCGGAGCUCCAGCCGAUAAAACAAGAUGGCGCCCUGCUGCCCCCCAGCGCACACCGGCAGAUCUGCGCCGUGCUGGACGUGCACAGCCCCCUGGGGAACGACUGGCGCGCGUUCGCCGAGAAGCUGGGACUGCCGUUCGACACCAUUUGCUGGGUGGAGGGAAAACGCCCCACCGCCCGUCUUCUGUACUACUGGGAACACACAAACGCAGGCGGUGGAUCGUCAGCUCUGAGAAACUUGAAGCGAAUCUUCCAAGAACUAGAGAGGGAAGACGUGACUGAGAUUCUCAGUGAAGUCAUUCCACUCUACUCCACCGAGCACCCAGAGUCAUACAGGGAGGGAAGGAGGUCCACUGAGCCCUCGGGCAGCGGACGCAAUGAACGUUCAGACAAAGAACAGUGCAGUCCGAGAAAAUUUAGUGAUUCUGUCUUCACGAUGUCGACUAAGGACCGAAGUAGGAUGCUAAAGAAAGGCGGAUCGAAGGACAACCUUGAUGUCCAGUCCAGUCGGGUGUCUCAGCGUCUCUCUGAAUCUACUCGCGCAAUCAGCGUCUUUUAG